GGUUGGUUUCUCUUCCUUAUCUCCUCCAGUCCUCCGUAUCCUCUUUCUCUCUCUCUCUCUCUCUGCUUUCUUGAAGCUCGCGCCUUCUUCACGAGCACCCUUUUUUUCUCGAAUCCACAGAAAUUAGAGAAAAUAAUAAUAGUAACCAAAUGAUAAAGUAACCCCCGAAUCUGAAAUUGAUGCAAAAACCCAGAAAAAAAGCUUCGGAACUCACAUGAAAUGAUCUGUCUUUGUUGAGCGGUAAAUUUCUCAACUUUUCAGAAUGAAGAGGGAACGGGAUCGACCCAAGGCGGGGAGCUCGUCAAUGGGUAAAAGCAAGAUUUGGGAAGACCAGCCGCCGGAUGCGGGAAUGGAUGAGCUACUCGCGAUGUUGGGGUACAAGGUGAAGACUUCUGAUAUGGCUGACGUGGCUGAGAAGCUUGAGCAGCUAGAGAUGGCCAUGACCAUGGGCACUACAAAGGAAGAUGGGAUUUCUCAUCUUUCGACUAAUACUGUUCACUAUAACCCUUCUGAUCUCACCGGCUGGAUCCAGAGCAUGCUCUCCGAGCUCCACACCUCCGACGCCCUUUCCCAGCAGUCCUCGGCCGGCGAUGAGAUGAUGCUCGCCGGCGAAUCUUCCAAUAUUAUCAGCUUUUCCGGGAAUAAGAACAUCGGAAAUGGGACUAGGAGGAUUUCCGAUGAUGAUUUGAGGGCGAUUCCAGGCGGGGCUAUUUUCGGUAAUAAGGGUAAAGAUUCCUCGUCUGAGUCGUCUUAUAAACGACAGAAAUCCUCGGCCGGAUCUGAUGUUAGCGGCGGAGAAUCUCUGGCGGUUUCAGAGACUCCUCGAUCGGUUUUGGUGGAUUCUCAAGAAGCCGGGGUUAGGCUUGUCCAUGCGCUGAUGGCUUGCGCCGAGGCUGUUCAGCAGGAGAACUUCAAGCUAGCCGACGCGCUAGUUAAGCAUAUCGGAAUACUCGCUGUGUCCCAAGCCGGCGCGAUGAGAAAAGUGGCGACUUACUUCGCCGAAGCCUUGGCUCGUCGGAUUUACAAAAUCUACCCUCAAGACACCCUGGAAUCCUCCUACACCGAUGUUCUCCAGAUGCACUUUUACGAGACUUGCCCCUACCUCAAAUUCGCGCACUUCACGGCUAACCAAGCCAUUCUCGAGGCGUUCAAUGAUUGCAGCCGAGUCCACGUCAUCGACUUCAGCUUGAAGCAAGGGAUGCAGUGGCCGGCGCUUAUGCAGGCUCUGGCUCUCAGGCCCGGCGGCCCACCGGCUUUUCGGCUCACUGGGAUUGGCCCGCCCCAGCCGGAUAACUCCGACGCUUUGCAGGAAGUUGGGUGGAAGCUGGCUCAGCUCGCGGAAACUAUCGGCGUGGAAUUUGAGUUCCGCGGCUUCGUGGCUAACUCGUUAGCCGAUUUGGAUGCCUCAAUCUUGGAUAUUAGGCCUAGCCACGUGGAGGCCGUGGCCGUUAACUCCGUUUUCGAGCUUCAUAGGUUGCUGAGCCGGACCGGCGGGAUAGAAAAGGUGUUGAAUUCGAUCAAAAGUAUGAAGCCUAAGAUUGUGACUAUUGUGGAACAAGAAGCGAACCACAACGGCGUCGUUUUUCUGGACCGGUUCAAUGAAGCUUUGCAUUACUAUUCCACCAUGUUUGACUCGCUGGAGAGCUCCGGGUUAACUCAGCCCAACAGCCAGGACCUGGUGAUGUCGGAGCUCUACUUAGGUCGGCAGAUCUGCAACGUGGUGGCGUGCGAGGGGCCGGACCGGAUCGAGCGCCACGAGACGCUGAGCCAGUGGAGAGCCAGGAUGAAAUCGGCCGGGUUUGACCCGGUUCACCUCGGUUCAAACGCGUACAAGCAGGCGAGUAUGCUCCUGGCGCUUUUCGCCGGCGGAGACGGCUACGCGGUGGAGGAGAACGACGGGUGUCUCAUGCUAGGGUGGCACACCAGGUCGCUCAUUGCCACGUCGGCCUGGCAGCUCAGCGGCGGCGGCGGCGACCCGUAGCGAGUCGACUCGUGAACAACGCAUGAGUCAGCUCGGAGAACUCGGCACCGCGGUGACGGCAGUGAUGUGCUGAGUUGGUUGGUUUGGUGGAAGUGAGAGACAGAGAAAGAGACGGACCAAAAAUGAGUCAAAUCCUGUCUUUUUACUUUUUUUUUUUUUUUUACUUAAAUCUAAAAGUCAUCCUUUUUAGAAUUUCUUUGUUUUUUUUUUUUUUUACCCUUUUGAAGGAGUGGUUUGAUUUGGGUCGUUUACCUUAUUUGGCUUAGGAUUUCUCCUUCUUGCUCUCCUGCCUAAGUGUGCUAUAAUCUCAACUUAAAAGGAAAAAAAAAAAAAAAAAGAAGAAGAAAUAAUUAUUAUGAUUCAUAUGGGCAUGGAGGGUAAGUUAGUAGGGGAAUGUUUAUGUGUUGCUAUGAAGUCAAUAAAAACAUGUAAUGUAUGUACAAUCCAUCUUCCUAUUAAUUUCUAGCUUUUCUCGAAUUCUUAUUUAGAAUCA